AUGGCUCCUGUAGAUUUGAAAACUCACAGAGAAGAAAUUUUGAAAAUUCAUAAAGAAGUUUCUGAUCCUAAAAGCCCAACAAAUUGGGCAUUAUUUGGUUAUGAUGGAAAGUCAGAUGUGUUGAUUGUGGUUGGUAAAGGAGAUGGAGGGAUUCAAGAGUUCACAGAUGAGUUGAACUCUGGUCGAAUGAUGUAUGGCUAUUUGAAAGUCAUUGACCCCAACACCGAUCUGCCUAAAUUUGUUUUUAUUAAUUGGCAAGGGGAAGGGGUGCCAGAAUUAAGAAAAGGUGCCUGCACUAGCCACGUCAGGGAAGUUUCAAACUUACUUAAGGGAGCCCAUGUCUCAAUAAAUGCCAGAACAGAAGAUGACAUAGAUGAAGAGACCAUCAAGAUGAAAGUUUCAAAAGCAUCUGGUGCCAACUACAGCUUCCACAAAGAACAAAAGAAAGAUGUUGCUCCCAUUGCUCCAGUGGGCUCAGUCUAUCAGAAGAUCAAACCGCAAGUUGACAUCAAACCUACUUUGAAUUCAAAAUUCUGGGAAGAUCUGGCUAAAGAGGAGUCCCAGAGAAAGGAAAAUGAGAAGAAGAUGCAGGCAGCAGAAAGAGAGAAGAUUAACAAGGAGACCAAGGAGAGAGAGAUGCAAAGUUCAAAGUUGAGAGAGCAACAGGAGGCUGAACGGUUGAAGAAAAUAAAAGAAGGACAACACACCAACACCACCACAUCCGCGGCUGAUGACACACAAAAAUUUUCUAUUGGCAAGAUAAAAGCUUCAUUGUUUGAAGUUGAGAAGAAGCAGGAACCGCCGAAACAGCAGCCACAGCCGCCCAGACAAAAAUUACAAAUGCCUAAAAUGCCAAAGCAAGAAGAUGAAGAGCCAAAGAAACCAGUGCAGCAAACCAUUCCAUCGCCUGUCAAAAUUCCAGCACCUCCAUUGCAACAACCACAAAAUGAUGAUGAUGAUGAGGAAGAGGAAAAGAGAGAAGAAUCAAUUUAUGACGACACAAUCGCCCAUGCUGAUUCCACAAAAAACACAACAGUAACCCAGAAUGUGGUGAACGAGGAUAUAUAUGAUGAUACUGUGCCUCCACGCAAUGAAUCAGUCAGUCAGCAAGAAGAAAAUGGUGAAGAGAUAUACGACGACACUGAUGCCAUGCACACAACAUCAACCAGUCAUGGAGUUGAGGAGGAGUAUUAUGAUGACGCUGGUCCAUGUACUGAUGGGGAUUUGAAAUGUAGGGCCACAUUUGAUUACCAAGCAGCUGACAGUGACGAGAUAAGUUUCGAUCCUGGAGACAUCAUAACGUCAGUGAAGAUGAUUGACGAGGGUUGGUGGUACGGCAAGAAUUCCAGAGGAGAGUGUGGCAUGUUUCCAGCUAAUUACGUUGAGCUCAUCAAUUGA